AUGCUAAAGACGACGAGGGGAGUUUCGUUUAGUAGCAAGGAAGCGGUGGUGGCACAAUUCAAGAUUGAUUUGAGUGGUGAGCUGUUCUGCGAAGCGAAUUGGGCUUUUGAUGUGAGCGAGGCACGGUGGUCGCGGUGGGGUUCCGGCGGAGAGAAGGAAGUUAAUGGGUUCGGGCUCCCCGUUAUUGUCGACCCGAUGGUGAUGAGUACGAUGAUGAAGAAGAAGAAGAUGUGA